UCAGUCGUCUCUCAUCUACGUCGGGUCGGUUAUAUUCGGCCCGAUAACACCAAAUUUGGUCUCUUCACAGGAUUUUUAAACCAAACCAUAAACAUAAACGAAACGAGGUCGUUAAACGUUUAAUACCUCAAGUGGCACUCCAUUGUUGUGUUGCGUAGUGUGUCUGGGUUUCUGAAACUCCAUUGUUGUGUUGCGUUCAACCUAAACCCUUCUUCCACCGGUAGAGACGAUGUCUGCCCUAGAAAUCGAAGCUCGAGAUGUGAUUAAAAUAGUUCUUCAAUUCUGCAAAGAGAACUCUCUGCAUCAAACAUUUCAAACACUCCAAAGUGAAUGUCAAGUAUCUUUAAAUACAGUAGACAGCCUUGAAACAUUUGUAGCCGAUAUCAACAGUGGCAGAUGGGAUACGAUAAUACCUCAAGUCGCACAACUUAAGCUUCCAAGAAAGAAACUUGAAGACCUAUACGAGCAGAUUGUUCUAGAAAUGAUUGAACUUCGUGAAAUGGAUACUGCUCGUGCGAUAUUGAGGCAAACACAAGCAAUGAGUGUCAUGAAACAGGAACAACCAGAAAGAUACUUGAGACUUGAGCAUCUUUUAGUUCGAACUUACUUUGAUCCCAAUGAGGCUUAUCAAGAAUCAACGAAGGAGAAACGACGUGCACAAGUUGCUCAAGCUAUUGCUGCAGAAGUCUCUGUGGUUCCACCAUCACGUUUAAUGGCUCUAAUUGGUCAAGCUUUAAAAUGGCAACAACACCAAGGUUUACUUCCACCUGGAACACAGUUUGAUUUGUUUCGAGGAACAGCUGCUAUGAAGCAAGAUGUAGAUGAUACGUACCCAACAACUCUUGGUCAUACUAUUAAGUUUGGAAAGAAAAGUCACCCCGAAAACGCUCGGUUUUCACCGGAUGGGCAGUUUCUUGUUUCGUGCUCUGUUGACGGGUUUAUCGAGGUUUGGGACCAUAUAAGUGGGAAACUUAAAAAGGAUCUUCAGUACCAAGCAGAAGAAUCUUUUAUGAUGCACGAUGAUGCUGUUUUAUGCAUUGAUUUUAGUAGAGAUUCAGAGAUGCUUGCUUCUGGAUCCCAGGAUGGAAAGAUUAAAGUUUGGAGAAUAAGAAACGGUCAAUGCCUGCGCCGUCUUGAAAACGCUCAUUCUCGGGGUGUCACAAGUGUUGCAUUUUCCCGGGAUGGAAGUCAGAUAUUAAGCACAUCGUUUGAUGGAACUGCAAGAAUUCACGGGAUCAAAGGUGGAAAGUUGUUGAAGGAAUUUCGUGGCCACUCUUCAUAUGUAAAUGAUGCCAUUUUCACAAGUGAUGGACUUCGAAUCAUCACAGCAUCAAGUGAUUGUACAGUGAAGGUUUGGGAUUUAAAGACUACCGAUUGUCUUCAAACAUUCAAGCCACCGCCUCCUUUGAGGGGUGGUGACGCGUCUGUAAAUUCCGUCCACCUGUCACCCAAAAAUCCGGACCAUGUUAUAGUUUGUAACAAGACAUCAUCUAUAUACCUUAUGACUCUUCAAGGACAGGUUGUGAGAAGUUUUUCGUCUGGUAAAAGGGAGGGUGGAGAUUUUGUUGCGGCUUGUAUAUCACCUAAAGGCGAAUGGAUAUAUUGUAUUGGUGAAGACAGGAACUUGUACUGUUUCAGCCAUCAAUCUGGCAAACUUGAGCACUUGAUGAAGGUGCAUGAAAAGGACGUUAUCGGUAUUUGUCAUCAUCCUCAUAGGAAUCUUAUAGCCACAUAUAGUGAAGACUGCACCAUGAAACUAUGGAAGCCAUAAAGCCUUUCUUUUUCAACUACCUUUUUACGUUUUUACCCUUUCUUGCAUGAGCCUUGUUUCAUUUGCCAUUAGUGUAACAUUGUUUUGAUGCAUUUUGAUUUAUUAGUCUGCUUUUUUUUUUUUUUUUUUUUAUCUCAACUACAUGAUGAAUUGCUUUUCCAGUCUUUUUUUUAUAUAGAUGAUCAUAGAAUGCGUCAUCGUCUAUAGGUUCGUGAAGUAAAAGCCUCAAGUUAAAGCAUUGAAAUGAUACAACGGUUAUUGUUUUAGUUGUCAUACAUAAGAGCAUUUACGGCAGAAUCUUUAUCUUUAUGAUUUAA